GCGUACGGGUAGCUUCUCCGCUGGAGAGCGUUAGGCCCGGCGCUGGGCCUUGGCGGCGGGGCUGGGAGCGGCAAGGCGCCGCUCACACUCAUGAGGAGCCGGAAGCUGGCAGGUGGAGUGCGGUCCUCGGCGCGCCUCCGAGCCCGGAGCUGCUUGGCCACACCGGCCACAUCGGCCUCGGCCCAGGAAGCCCGCGUCGCCACGUCUGCCCGGACGGCAUGUCAGCCUUCCUCAUCACACAAAGCCACCGACAGGCGAACGUCCAAGAAGUUCAAGUACGACAAAGGUCAUCUUGUGAAGUCAGAAUUCCAGAAACCCAUCCCCCAGAGUGACAGCACUGCUGCGCCCGCAGCGCCCCCCGAGACCCCGGGUAAACGCGAGCCUCUGGCAUCGGCCGAGGACAGGGCCAGGCUUCCGGGAAAGGAAGCCAGCGGCUCCGCUCCUCAGGGGACCGCAGGACUCCCCCGGGGGCACUGUGGAGCCAUGAGUGACGCCUGCCCAGCAGAGACUGAGGACAGGCCGCCCCCGCCGAGAUGCGGGGCCCCUGCGGGAGGAGAGUCCGACGGUGGCUGCCCCGAGAGGGGCGGGGCGGCGGCGGACCUGGAGCAGAGCCACACGCCUCCACUGCAGAUGGACAACAGCGUCCUUCUCGAUGACGACAGCAACCAGCCGAUGCCCGUGAGCCGCUUCUUCGGAAACGUCGAGCUCAUGCAGGACCUCCCGCCAGCAUCGUCAUCCUGCCCCUCGAUGAGCAGACGCGAAUUCAGGAAAAUGCAUUUCAGAGCCAAAGACGACGACGACGACGAUGCCGACGGCGCAGAAACAUAGAGGGCGAGACGCACACGCCGUUCUUCUGCACGUUCAGUACCGUCGACCGCUUCCCAGUUCAGCACGUUAGACAUUUAUACCACACCUGUCUCCAAGAGCCCACGCUUCUAAUCAGAAUUCAGAACUGACCCACCAAGGUCAGCAGCGUAGAGCGCCACGUACCCGCGGGGAGACUGGCACACGUGAACUAAAAGACCUUUGCGGGCAAAGCUACUGUUUCUGCAUUGAUGCGUUUUCUCCCAUCUGUACCCACGUGGUGGUGGUUCCAGCUAACUUCUCUCGUAAACGAGAGAUUAUCUCUAUAAAGGAAACUCUUAAGCUUAGCUUUGAUAACGUGCAAGUUUAUUUUCCGUAAUCAAAAUUGGAUCAUUCUUGUGACUGAUUCAAUCCCAGUUCUUCAAGAACUCUCCUUUAGUUCUGUACGGGAAGCUCACGUUUACCUGGGA